AUCGAAUUUGAAGCAAUCCACUCUUGAUUUCGAUUCCGUGGCAGAUAGAUAACAAUGGCUCUCCAACACGAAAACGGGUCGGAUCUCGACCCGAAUCCUAUUGGGGUGGAGACCCAUGCAGCGGAGGGUGAAAAGUUGGGAACUUUGGGUGGUGCUGUUCCUAUUGAGGAAGGCGUGGAGAAGAUAUCUUUAGUGGGUGCCUCUCUUUCAAUUCAGGGGAAUGGUGAAAACAAUGAUAGUGAAAGCCAAAACGAAACCGAAAGUGAUAGUGAAAAUGAAAAUGCAGAGUCUGACUGUCCUUCUGCUUCUGAUUCUAGCAGCGGUAGCAGCAGCAGCAGCAGCAGCAGUGAUAGUGAGGAUGAGGAGGAGGCACGCCAUGAUGGUGAUGCGGAAGUUGAAGAAGGUGAGAUAAGUGGUUCUGAUAAAGAGAAGAUGGUUAGUUGGAGCAUGGUUGAUGAUGAUAAUAUUGAACAUGAUGAUGAAGAUGAUGAUGAUGCAGGAGGACCCAUCAGGUCAAAGAAUGAGCUUCAGAAUCUGCCUCCUGUUCCUUCAGUUGAUGCAGCCUUAGAACCACAACACCAAAUGCGGUCAGUGGGGAUUGUUACGUCGAUUAUUGGUGCUCAAGUCAUUGUGGAAGGAGUUGAGAAGCAUGACCCUCUUAAUGAGGGUUCCAUUCUUUGGCUGACUGAAAGCCGAAAACCACUGGGUUUAGUUGAUGAAAUUUUUGGACCAGUCAAGAACCCUUUUUAUGUUGUGAGAUACAAUUCUGAAAGUGAAGUCCCGGCAGGGAUCCAUGGGGGAACCUUGAUCUCAUUUGUUCCAGAAUUUGCUGAUCAUGUGCUUAGUAACAAGGAUCUAUAUAAGAAAGGGUAUGAUGCAUCUGGUGCAAAUGAUGAAGAGUUGUCUGAUGAAAUAGAGUUUUCAGAUGAUGAGAAAGAGGCUGAAUACAAGAGAAUGCAAAGAACGACAAAGAGAGGUGCAAAUGAUCAAAACCAUGGCAAGAAAAAAAACAAUAGAAAGAAGUUUCCACCAAAAGAGCAUGUGACGCCUACCAUCUCUGAUGCACCUGCAGUAACAUUGCUUGAUCAUGGAAAUUGUGCUCCUUUUUCCGGAAUUGGACAAGGUUUUUUGGGGGGAACUACCACAGUUCCAUCAUUUCCACCCAUAAACACAGCUCCUAACUUCGCCACAAAUGGAGUUUGGACAAAUGGAACAAUACUUCCACAGCAGCCACAGCCUGCCCUGCUUCCUAAUGGAUUUCCUUCAAAUGGCAUAUCAUGGUACCCACAAAACACUCAAAUUUCUGCUCAAUUGCCUAUGCCAGGAAUUCCAUUUCAACAGCAAUUGCAUUCAAGUCAGGGACCUCUCUCUACACCUAUGCUGCCUGGGGUACAGCCUAAUAUAUUUGCACAACCCAUUUUUGCACCUGGGCUUGUGGGGCAAAACCAAAUGACAUUUGGAUUGAACUCACCCUUUCCACCGAUUCAGCCACCUAUAUGUGCUGCACAACAGGGUUUUCCACCCAUUGAAUUGCAUUCAGAAAGAAACCUUAAUUUGCAUUCUAAUGCUAUAUCUGGCGCUCCCUCUCAAUUUCAUCCAGGUUCAUCUGUUAAUCGUGGGAGAAAAACAUUUCAUGGUGCAGGUAGGAAAGGGUGGCGACCAGCCAAGUGAAGGUCUUUGUUGUGUGCUCUACUGCACAGUCAUUUGCUAAUUUGUCAAGUUGGGCCAUUUUGCAAGGACUGUACCGCACUUGUAAAUUUCCUGUAUGCCUUUCGAGUUUUGAAAUGAAUUCGGUAAGCUCCUAUAGUAGUUGAGUUCUCAAUCUUUAGUUAAAGAUACCAUUUGUGCUUUAAAGUGCCACGCAUUUAAUAGCUUGGUGCUGAUGAUCUUGUUUGUCUACUGAAUUGACUGAAGGAGCACCUUCCACUUUCAAUGUGCUGAAUUUUGCCAAUAUAUAGUCGCCAAGGACCAACAAAGGAAAAGUUCUCAUAAUCCAGUAGGAGUUUUCACCAUUUUUCUUUCUGUAAUCUCAACUCCAACCUUCAAAAGGCCUUUUCAUGCCUAAAUCCUAUUAUACUUUAGGGAGGGUUCUGAAAUGAUUUAAAGGGGAUUGUUAUUUGUAUAACUUGAUUUUAUUAUUCACACCAUUUAUUUGAUUGUGACUUUCGAAAGG